UCCCUUAACUUUAAUUCUAUCCCUUUCUUUCUACCCUCAUCAUCAGCUAUAUAAGAUAGAAUUGAAGAUACAUAGAUCCAUACUCCUCCGAUCCGUGAAAGAAGGGAAGUUAAUAUACUCCAUUUUCAUAAGCUUGAAGAUCUGAUCUGUGGUGGGUAGAUCGAUGGUGAGGGAGAAGAUAAAUAUUAAGAAGAUCGACAGCCUAACGGCCCGGCAGGUGACGUUCUCGAAGAGGAGAAGAGGGCUCCUCAAGAAGGCGGAGGAGCUCGCCGUCCUCUGCGACGCCGGCCUCGCUCUCAUCAUCUUCUCCGCCACCGGAAAGCUCUUCCAAUUUGCUAGCUCCAAUAUGAAUGAUGUGCUCGAAAAGUACAAAUUACACUCGAGCAACCUUGGAGAAUCAAGCCAGCCCUCUCUUGAACUUGAGGCAGAAGAAGGCCUUCAUGGAGCAGUAACCAAGGAGGUUGCAGACAUGAUGGCUUAUGAGCUAAGGAACCUAAAGGAGGAGGACCUUGAAGGAUUAAGCUUUGAGGAACUAUAUGAGUUGGAGAAAAAGCUUGAAGAUGAAUUGUCACGUGUGAUAGAGAUUAAGGGUAAAAGAACUAUGGCCGAGAUUGCCAAUCUUGAAAGAAAGGAUACUGAGUUGAUGGAAGAAAAUCAACGAUUGAAGCAAAAGAUGGAAAGCAUAAAUGACAGGCAAUCAUCGGAGUCCACCACCGCAACUUUCGCCUGCAGUAGUGGCACAUCACUGCUUGAAGACGAUUGUUAGGUCCCUGUUUUCUAAUCUAUAAAAUGUAUGUAUGGAAGAUAGAUCUGGGAAUGAAGCUUUCCAUUGAUGUAAUGAAGAAGUUUACAGAAUGAUGAACAAUUUAGCGUAAAACUUCUAUCACCGAUUAGGCACUGCGGUCCCUGUUUUCUAAUCUAUAAAAUGUAUGUAUGGAAGAUAGAUCUGGGAAUGAAGCUUUCCAUUGAUGUAAUGAAGAAGUUUACAGAAUGAUGAACAAUUUAGCGUAAAACUUCUAUCACCGAUUAGGCACUGCGGCACUAGAAUGUUAUGAAAAGCUUAACCUAGCCUUUCCCUUAAGGCAUAUUUAUAGCCUGACGGGAAAGGUAGGUUUUACAAUCAUUUGGGCUCCUUUAUCUAGGAGGCCCAUACCUAAAAAGGUAUAAAACCUUUAUUACAAAAUUGCCUUAACAGGCCUAUUCAUUAUUCUAGCUAACUAUAAACUAGCAAAGUAACAUUGAUCACAA